AUGGCAGAGGCAAUAGGGAGGAUCCAGGCUGGGGCAGGACUGCCGGCCGAGAAGGCAAACGACAAGAGGAACGGCGUGGCAAUGAAAACAACUCCUUCUUACCGCAAUGGCACUGUCAACGGAGAGCCCGGCCCUGCCGUAACCACGAACGAGCGGCCUACCUACCCAUCCGCCUCUAGCCCAACUCCGCCCGCUACGUCCCCUCGAGAUGUCUCGCCAGACAUCCUGACCGCUUUCUCUACAUCGUCGAGGACCAACAGCGCAGUGAGAAAUCCUUACGGUUCCGGAUCGAACCUCGUCCGGAGUGCGACGAACGAACCCACGCUCGGUGGGAAAGAACUCGGUGGUACGGAUACGGCAUUGCAUGGGACUGGGACGCCCACAGCGGGCAGAAAGAGCGUGCAAUUCUCACGUGAUACGGAAGAGAUUGGAUCCCAAAAUAAUCCCCAGGCAACUCCAAAUGAUGGCUCCGAGCACGAGAAACCACACUCGUUGUAUGCUAGGCUCCGAGCGCUGGCCAUACCUCAAGGCUACUCCUUCAGCCAUACACGGUCUCCAAGUGGGCUUUCGGCAAGCGCACGCUCUGCUGAGGGGAAGGACCUUGACAGCCAAUUUGUGGUACCUGGCCGCCAUGAGACUGGACUCAGUGCUACAUUAGAGGAGGACAGCGGUGCUGAAGCAGACGCUGACGCGGACGAGAGCAGUGCGGCCGAGAACUACACUUCACGUGCCACUGCUCGAAGGAGACGCCGGAAACUACAGCGAUUCGAUGAUAUUGAGACAGCGCCAUCGUCGCCUCACAGCCCCAUACGGACAGGCUUCGCGAGUGCCCCCACCAACUCUGAUUCUGAAAGACCUCGUGUGCUGACCAGAAGAGCUACCGACACUGACAUGGUCAGUUUCCCGCAGGGAGUGUCUGAAGACGAGGGGCGUAAGCAAUUGUCCAAGGACACCAGCUGGAAACCACGUCAUCCGCUUCGAGGGCUCAGUUAUGGCGGCUCUCAACGGAGGACUGGCGACACCACCCCUGAAGGCAGUCAACGAAGACCACUGACUCUGCUGAGUUUUGCCAACAUCGGCUCGUCUCGCGAAGGCGCUAGUAGUGCAGAGCAGACUCCGAAGACGCCGUCUCGCCGGAAGCUACUGGCCGAGCGGAGUUCGACCUUGGGUGCUGCGAAAUGGAGCCAACUCAAGAAUAGUAUCAGGACACUUGGCCAGAGGAAGAAGAAGGUGCCCACUCCGGAGAAUGUGAGGUCGGCUGCUCUGUUGGCAGAAUUAGCUGCUGGAGCCCCUGCAGCCCUCAUGCUCGCAAGUAUGUUUCAGCGCGAUGAACGCAAUCAGAGGAGGGUGCCCGUACUCUUGGAACAGCUCAAGGUCCAGAUUGUCGAUAGUGAAGUCGACCACAACAAAAUCAGAGACGACAAAGCACUUAAGGAGUCCGAUGAGGACAGAGUCUUACGACAUUUGAUCUUCAAGAUUGAAUGUGAAUAUGGCAACGGCGCCAAUCGAAUGAAGUGGGUCAUCAAGCGGUCUCUAGGUGACUUCUCCAGGCUGCAUAUCAAGUACAAAGGCGCAUAUAACGCUGGGAGACUCAGGUUGAGGAGUGAUGGGCGCAAGAAGCUCCCGCAUUUCCCUUUGGACGUUUUCCCAUAUCUGAAGUCUCUCCGGCUCUUCGCUGACGAACCUGAGGUGAACGACGAGCCUGACGCAGGUUAUGAGACCGAGCCAGGCACCGCCACAGACACAGAAAGGCCGACUCCGCAAAGUCAAACUCGACCAGCCGUCACCCCGAACAGGAGGAAGUCAAGUAUAGCAGGGCUGCCAGAUCCUACUACGGCCGCAGGUACGCGCCGAGAAGCCUUCGCUGAACGACAGCGCAAGAGCCUCGAAAGAUAUCUGAGGGAGAUGAUACAGUUCCUGCUCUUCCGUCCUGAAAGCAAUCGCCUGUGCAGGUUCCUAGAAAUCUCGGCCCUCGGCAUGCGUCUUGCCGCGGAAGGGAGUGAGCAUGGCAAAGAAGGGCUCCUGCUCAUCCGCUCCGCCAAGGGCCUGGAUUUCAGAGCCCUGAAUGCCGGCGAGUUCAAGAAACGGCAUUCGCCAAAGUGGUUCUUGGUCAGGCACAGCUAUGUCGUGUGCGUCGACUCGGCCGAACAGAUGCACAUCUACGACGUCUUCUUGUUCGACUCGGAUUUCCAAAUACAGCCGCGAAGGUUACGAUCGACCGAACAGAGAAGUGCAAAGGAGCUGGCCAGCCUCGCAAAGGAGUCGGCGAAGCAUCCCCAACACCACCGACUGAAGCUGAUCAACUCUGAGAGAAAGCUGAAGCUCCUCUCUGACAACGAGCGUCAGCUACAGCAGUUUGAGGACUCGAUACGAGAGCUGGUCGCCGCUUCGCCCUGGGCCAAAGUCAACAGAUUCGACAGCUUCGCUCCAGUAAGGCCGAAUUGUUUUGCUCAAUGGCUUGUUGAUGGCAGAGACCACAUGUGGGUGGUUUCCCGCGCUCUGAAUCAAGCCAAGGAUGUCAUUUACAUUCACGACUGGUGGUUGAGUCCCGAACUGUACAUGAGACGCCCGCCCGCCAUCAGUCAGAAAUGGCGACUGGAUCGAUUACUGAAGAGAAAGGCAGAGGAAGGUGUGAAGAUCUUCGUUAUCGUCUACCGCAAUAUCGAUGCGGCCAUCCCGAUCGACUCCCAGUACACCAAAUUCUCUCUGCUCGACCUUCAUCCCAACGUAUUCGUGCAACGGUCACCUAAUCAAUUCCGGCAGAACACGUUCUUCUGGGCCCACCAUGAAAAGGUAUGCAUUGUCGAUCACACAGUUGCUUUUGUGGGCGGCAUUGAUCUAUGCUUCGGUAGAUGGGACACUCCACAACAUACGCUCAUUGACGAUAAGCCGACCGGCUUUGAACCAAGUGAGGAACCCAGAGAUGCAGAUCACUGUCAAUUGUGGCCAGGCAAAGAUUACUCUAAUCCCCGUAUCCAAGACUUCUAUGCGCUUAACAAACCAUAUGAAGAAAUGUACGACCGUCAGAGGGUAGCCAGAAUGCCCUGGCACGACAUUUCCAUGCAAGUCGUCGGACAACCGGCUCGCGACUUGACCAGGCACUUCGUCCAGCGCUGGAACUACAUUCUGCGACAACGAAAGCCUACGCGACCAACCCCCUUCUUGCUGCCUCCACCGGACUUCAAUCCGGCUGAUUUGGAAGCCCUCGGCCUGGACGGGACAUGUGAGGUGCAAAUCUGUCGCUCUGCCGGGCCUUGGUCGCUAGGCACACCAGACAAGACAGAACACAGCAUCAUGAAUGCGUACAUCAAGAUGAUCGAGGAGUCGGAGCAUUUCGUCUACAUCGAGAAUCAGUUCUUCAUCUCCAGCUGUGAAACGGAGAGCACCGUGGUACACAACAAGAUCGGCGACGCCCUGGUCGAACGUAUCACGCGCGCCAGCAAGAACGACGAAGCAUGGAAGGCAGUUGUUGUCAUACCGUUGAUCCCCGGCUUCCAGAAUACUGUGGAAGAAGAAGGCGGAACAAGUGUGCGACUUAUCAUGCAAUAUCAGUAUCGCAGUAUCUGCCGUGGCGAGUCUUCCAUCUUCGGUCGGCUGAAAGCUGUGGGCAUCAAUCCGGAGGAUUACAUCCAGUUCUACGCCCUUCGUCAAUGGGGCAGAAUUGGCCCUCGCAAGACGCUGGUGACCGAGCAGCUUUACAUCCACGCCAAAUGCAUGGUCGUCGACGACCGAGUCGCAAUCAUCGGUUCUGCAAACAUCAACGAGCGAUCGAUGCUUGGAAAUCGCGAUUCCGAAUGUGCCGCUGUCGUGCGGGACACGGAUAUGGUCUGGUCAAGGAUGAAUGGCAAGCCUUAUCAAGUGGGCCGAUUUCCGCAUACAUUGCGCAUGCGCUUGAUGCGUGAGCACCUUGGACUUGACGUCGACAAAAUCAUGGAAGAGGCACAAGUUAUGGAGGCGGAUCGUCAUAAAACGCAUUCGUCGGGCAAGUCUCUCAGAUCAGAGUCUCCCGACGAUACCUUCCACAGUCCUUCAUCGGAAGCUGAUGACGUCUUGGGACCGUUGGAUGAUGGACGAGGAGCCGAGUCCCACGAGGACGUGCUUCAGCGCGUCGAAGAAUUCAGAAGCUUCAAUCACGACGUGGAUUGGGAGCAAGAAGGCAAUCCUAAUCUCAAAUCCAAGCGAGCCGGCGUGACUCAAGAUCCGCGAGUUACUGGUGAUCCUCACCACAAAGAUGAUGUGAAGGGAUUCGGACACGACAGAAUGGCCGCAAUUACAGCUGUUGGCCUCGGAAAUGGAAGGGACACCACGAUUGUUCGGGGCAAUAAGGAGGUCUUAGUGUCAGACCUUGAUUCUGAGGGCAGAGCUACGCUGACGGAGCCGAGGAGACGUGGUGAACACGCUCGCUUGACCUCGUACGUGGCCAAGAUGGAGAUGCCCAAUCCCCCACUACCUCCGAAACCCACUUUAGAGCGAAUGAGCACGCACCAGUUGGGCUUGCCUAUGAUAUCCCAGCUGCCUCCCUUACCGGCAUCAGACGACUCAGACAUUGGAGGUCCCGUACUUGCCAAAGCAACCUCAAAAGACUCGGUCCGUGCUCACCAUCCCCUGAUCAACGAACUUCGACGGCCACUGAUCGAUCGCGACUGCAUGGUUGAUCCAGUUCACGAUGCCUUCUUUUUCGACACAUGGCAUACGGUGGCAGAAAACAACACCAAGAUCUAUCGCAGCGUCUUCCGUUGCAUGCCUGACAAUCAAGUGCGCAACUGGGAAGACUACCACCAAUACCUGGCAUAUGAGCAGCGCUUCAACCAACUGCAAGGGAAUGACAUGCCUGCAGAGCAGAAGGUUACUGAUCCUUCUAGGGGCGGUGAAGUUUCGAGCGGUCCACCGGGGGUGGGAGCUCGGUAUCCCGUGGCCGAGAUCAAGGCCGUGGCACAUGUACCGUCGGAUAUUGAAAAGCGCACAAACGAGAUCAAGGGAAAGCUGAAGAAUGCCCUCGGCGAGAGAUCCAAGGAUGAAAAGACCGAUCCCGAAAAGGAGAAGCUGCGUAUCUGGGCGGCAGAGGCGAAUCGGGCACAGGCCGAAAAGGAGGGCAAACCUAAUCUCCACCGACAGGAGACAUUGGCUACAGAGAGGGCGGGAUUGCAGACUGUGCCUGAAGGGCAAACGAUCGCCGACGAAGGGAGCGCCACCGGAGACGAUGAUGAGGUUAGCACCGAUCCUCCGAACAGCAGCCCCAGCUCAACGGCGGCGGAAAAGGAAAAAUCCACGAUCAAUGGCACGCCUCCGACUGCAACCGGGCCUUUUGUAGGUUACUCGGAAGGCGUGAAUCAAAACGCCACCCAAACCACGGCGAAUUCAGGCGGGGGUAGUCGCAGACGCAGAAGAGCUACUACUAGGUCGAGUAGAGGGAACUUCAGCGCGAGCGACGAUCUUCUGAGCAUCGAAGAGGCAGAGGAGUUGUUGGGUUGCGUCCAGGGACAUCUUGUGGUGUGGCCUUAUGACUGGCUUGAGAAAGUCGAGGCUGGAGGUAAUUGGCUGUUCCCGUUCGAUCAGAUAAGCCCGAUCGAAAUCUAG